GUGGGUAGGCCUCAAUACAACUCAGAUGUGUAUUACUGUUUGUCACAUUCAUUGUCGUCAGACAGUCUGAUGUUGUUGUAAGAUCAAGUUGUGUAAAAUUAUUGUUCAUUUAUUUAAACAUAAAAUCGGUUUACUGAAAGACUAUCUUAAUAAGUGAGUGAAUUACUCGACACCAUAAAAGUAAUGGAUAAUUUGUCCAGUAAAGGAAGUCACGUACAAUGUGUUGUAAUAAAUUUAUCAAAAUAACAAAAAAUAAAAAAAAUUAUUUUUAAAUAGGUACAUAUAUAUGUAUAUAAUUGAUAAGAUAAUAAAUUCUUAAAAUAAUAAUUUAAACAAAAAAAAAAAGAAUAUGGUUUUUAGUGUAUUAUUAUAUUUGUUGUUGAAAAAAAAAUCAUUUUUAAAACAACAAAGUGUUGAAUUGUAUAGUUUUUUUUUUUUUUCCUUUUCUUCUUUUCAAAUCUUAAAAUCAGUAUAAAUCUUUUGAGAUAACAUAAAAGACAAAACACGACUUCAAUGGAAUAAAAAAAAAUAUAUAUAUUAAAGAGAUAAAUUGCAACAAAAAGAAAAAAAUUAAAAAAGUAGUGAGGGAAUUUUCGCCAACAAUCAGAACGUCGUUUAAUAUCAGAAGUGUCUUGUGUAUCAUUCAUUCAGGAUGUAUCUUAAUGUUAAGAGUGAAUCGCGUGAGGAGGCUAAUGAAGAGUCAGAAAAUCAUGUGCAACAAUCAAUGGAAAUGCAAUCUGUUGAUGUUGAAACAAAAGACACAAAUAAUAGAGAAAAAAAUGGCACUAUCACUGAACCAAUGUUAAAACAUGUUACAAUAUCACAAGAGGGACACAAACUUUUCCAGUACCUUUGCACAAUCAUUGCGGGUUUAAUGGCGAUGCAGAGUGGAAUGACAUUGGGUUGGAGUUCACCAAUGUUAUAUUACUUGGAAAAAUCAUCAUCAUUUCUUGGUGGUCUUAAUGGAACAGAUGAAUCAUGGGUAUCAUCAUUAAUGCCAUUGGGUGCAAUACUUGGUGCAGUACCAUCAGGAAUGUUAGCUGAUUAUAUUGGUAGAAAACCAGCAAUAAUGAUAACAGCAAUACCAUUUUUAAUAUCAUGGAUAAUGUUAAUAUUUUUAAGAAGUUUUGAAUCAAUAUUAACAGCACGUUUUAUUGGUGGUAUUGGAUCAGGUGCUGCAUGUGUAUUAGUACCAACAUAUAUUGGUGAAGUUGCUGAACCAUCAAUACGUGGUGCAUUAGGUUCAUUUUUUCCACUUUUGUUUUCAACAGGAAUUGUAUUUAUAUAUAUUGUAGGGGCACUUGUUGAUUAUACAUUGGCCAAUGUACUAUGCUGUGCAAUGUUAAUUCCCUUUACCCUGAUGAUUCCCUUCCUGCCCGAGUCCCCUUAUUGGCUUGUCCAAAAACAUUGCACUCAAUCAGCUGAAAAAUCACUUAAAAUACUACGUGGAAAACAACAUGAUAUUAAAAGAGAACUAACAACAUUAAGAGAGGAAGCAUAUAGAGUUGGUAAAAGAAGAGGUGGUUUUCGUGAUUUAAUUGGUACUCGUGCUGGUAGAAAAGCAAUAUUAACAUGUAUUGGAUUAAUGUGGUUUCAACAAAUGUGUGGUAUUGAUGCAUUAUUAUUUUAUACUGUAUCAAUAUUUAAUGAUGCUGGUAGUACAAUUGAAGCACAUUUAGCAACAAUUAUUAUUGGUAUUAUUGAAGUUGUUAUGGCUAUUGUUGUUGCAAUUGUUAUUGAUAAAUUUGGAAGAAAACCAUUAUUAGUAUUAUCAGGUAGUUCAAUGUCAAUAUGUCUUGGUGUACUUGGAUAUUAUUUUAUGCUUAAAGAUAGUGAUUAUGAUGUAACAUCAAUUGGAUGGGUACCAUUAACAUGUUUAUCAUUAUUUAAUGUUACAUUUAGUGUUGGUUAUGGAUCAGUACCAUUUGCUGUUAUUAGUGAAUUAUUUCCACCCGAAACAAAAGGUGUUGCAAUAAGUACAUCAAUUAUUGUUAAUUGGAGUCUUGUUUUUUUAGUUACAAAAUUAUAUCCAAUUAUGAUUGCAUCACCAAUUAAAUCACAUGGUACAUUUUGGUUAUUUAGUUCAAUGACUGCAUUAUCAGCAAUAUUUGGAUAUUUUCUUGUUCCCGAAACAAAAGGAAAAACAUUACAAGAAAUACAAACUAAACUCAAAUAUGGAAAAGUUAGAAUUGACAAAGUAUUGACGACGAUACAAGCUGCUUAGACAAUUAUUAAAUUAUACAAAAAUUAAAUUGCACAGACUGAUUCGGGGGAUGAAUUUAAAAGCACAUGUGAUGCAUUCUCGAUAUCGGAAUUUUUUUUUUUUUUUUUAACACUGCCGAUCUAUUGAAUGCUCUCGAAUCUUUUUUUUUCGUUAUUCCAACCAUUGUUAAUAAUAAAAAUAAUAGCAAUAAUAAUUAACACUUGAUUAUAAUGUAUCAAUAAAGUGCCAUAAUAAUUAAAUUGCAAUAGAUAAAAUAACUAACCAGUAUUUGCAUAAACAACAGAAGAAAAAAAAAAAACAAUCAAACAUGAAUGUUUUAAAAAUAAUUUACCAAUUAUCAUGAGAUGAAUUUAAUGAUGAUAAUGAUGAUUCACUUUGUUGACGUUGUCUUUGUGAUGGUGUAUCAAUACAAUAAAUACCAUUUAUAGGAAAAAAAUAUCCCAAUUGUGCUGAUAUUGGUAAUGUAUUAUAAUUACCAUUAUUAUAAAUUCUAUUUGAAUUACCAUACAUUUUUAAUUAUCGCAAUUAAUUAAUAUGUAUUAAUAUUAUUUCAUUUAUUUUUUAUCAUACUAUUAUUAUAAAAUUAUUAUUAUUUAAAUAUUAACAAUUGUGUUUUACAUGUAAAAAAAAAACACGAUAAUCACUUCCGCACAAAAAAUAAAAACAUGGUAUGCAUGACCUCUUCAAAACUUUUAUAAAUAGCACCAUGAUGUUUUCGCAGUAGUAAUUUUAUAAAAAAAAAAUAUUCCAAAUAAGUAAAUUCUAAAUUUAACACUAUUUUUAUUAUAUUAAAAUAAUAAAUAUAAUUAUUAAAUUAAUUAAUAUAAAUAAUUUAAAUUUUCACAUUUGUUAAUAAUUUGUGAAAAAAAUUUAAGAAUAUUUUAAAUUAUAUACUGUAUUAUGAAGAGAUAGAAAAAAAAAAAAAGAAAAAAAAAAUAGUAAAUAUAGUAAAAAAACAAAUUAAACAAAUAAAUAACAGUGUUAAUUAAAAAAAAAAAGUUAUAAAAAAUAUUCAAGUGAAUUAAUACAACACGUGAUGAUGACUGAGAAUUUGUGACUCAGUAUUCAUCUCAAAAUAUAACAGAAUAACUGGCGUCGCGACGCUAAAGCACAUGCAACACAGUCAACUAACACGACGCUUUCUCCCUUCUCCAUAGAAAAGUUAUCCAAAUACAGAGCCAAAAUAUAAAUAAAUAAAUAAAAGUAAUGAAACACAUUACUUGUUUUUCAUAAAUUUAAUAAUAAUGUCAAUUAAAGAAAAUUAUUUAAAAAAAAACGUGGGAAUAUUUUUUUUGAUAAUUUAAAAUUAUGUAUGAUUAAAAAAGUAUGAAUUGAAUCAAUCAAAUCAAGAAGAAAAAUAUAUAAAAGACAUUGUCUCUAUGACGUACUUGUCGUUGACAAUAUAAUUUAAUGAUAAUAAGGAGUUUAUACGAGUCAUUUACAAUAAACGUUUAUAAUGAUUGUUACCCCAGUCUCUUUCAGAGACGACAGUCAAGUGUUAUCAAUGGCAAAACGGAUACGUAUUAUUCUCAUCAAUCAUUUUUUUUUUUUUUUUUUUUUUUUGUUUACAAUAUUAUAUUUUUGACUAUGAAAAUAAACAAAAUUGCCUUUUAAAAUAGUACGAAAAAUAGUAAUUUAAUUAUUUUGAUUAUCAAUAAAUGAUAAAAUAAUAUUUUUAUAUAGUUUAAUUUUUUUUUAGUUAUCUUUAGAUAUAAGUAUAAUAAAAAAAAUAAAUAAAUGAAUAUUAUUAAAUAUGAA